ACUGCAAUGGAGUGGGCUCCAAAACUGAUGGUUGUCUGUGCAAUCUGCCUUUCCGUCACACUUGGUGCCACCCCAGAAACAAAAGAGCAAAGCAAAGGGCCUAAAGGGAAGAAAAGAGGAUCAGCAAAGAUCAAGGUUCAGCACCAGAAUGCUCAAGAAUCCUCACCUGACCCAGUACUAAGAGUAAACCCAGGGGCCUCUACUGACUAUACCCUCGUGGAGGAUUAUGAACGGAGCAUCCAUGAGAUGGUUAGUCAGCUGCGGAACAGUUCUGAGCCUCUGGAUACCAAGUGCCAGGUCAACUUGAGACUCUGGAUGUCGAACAAAAGGAGUUUGUCUCCUUGGGCCUACAGGAUAAACCACGAUGCAGCACGAAUCCCAGUCAACAUCCCAGAGGCACACUGCCUGUGUACAGGAUGCAUUAAUCCCUUCACCAUGCAGGAAGACCGCACCAUGGUCAGCAUCCCCAUCCACAGCAAAAUCCCAGUGCGCCGACUGUUGUGCGAUCCAAGCACCCCUCACAGGAAGAAGAAAAGGUGCCACAAAGAGUACAAGACUGUUAUGGAGACUAUUGCUGUGGGCUGCACUUGUAUCUUCUAAGGUCCCAUGAAGAGCAGAGCUUCUUUUCCUGCUUCUGGUUCCCAAAGGGUUAGUAGGGUUCCAGUCUUUCUAGCCUCCUUUCCCCUUCCAGUUCUGGUUAGCAAAGGUCUCUCCUUCUCAUUACUUGCUCUUUUGCCUGCCCAAACGAGGGAAGACCGAUGUGCUUUCAGGGGCCAGUUCUGCCUUGGUUGGGCCCCAUUUCUUCCAUUACCCGCAGAGAGGCAGACAGCACUUCAUACAAGCACAGAACGCAAUUAAGGGGUUUCUGUAUUGCACAUUAGUGCUUCAGACCAAUGAAAUUGCUCCAUUUCAUUUUAACAGCAUACGCUAUGAAUGUACAGCCACAUUUCCCGCUGCCCGUUUUUAAUCUUUACCAAGCACGCCUGGAUGCCUAGGAGUUUGGCACAAGUGACCUUGACAUGCGGGAGAAAAGGCUGCUGGGUGGCUGGGGAAGAGGAAGGAGUUAUAGCAUAGGUUCAGCUGUGUAGUUCCCUCCGACUGGUGCUCCCAGCCCUUUAGUGUGGCUCGGGGGCCACACAGUUUGCAAGCUUUUUGUAGGCGAUCUUAGGCUAGGGUGACGUCAACAUUCAGAGGCCCUUUUAUGCCAUCCUCCUUCUUUGGUUGCACUACCAAAAUGGAGAUUAUAAAACUCUUUGAUAGCACACAGCUUCUGUGUCAACUGCUUAAGGCCAAAAGCUAGGAGUAGAGGCAUUUACUCUUUUGACAGUGC